AUGGGCUGCUGCUUCUCCAGCCAGGCAUCAAAUGCCAGUUCCCAUCACGAGCAGGGGCAGGAUACAGCUCCGCCACAACAGAACCCACACGCCCAGACCAACGCCAACGCCAUCCCUGAAGGCCUCUUUGCGGCCCCUGUGAGAGCGCCAUUCGCCGAGCCAGCUGUGAUACCUGGAAACGAUGUCGCCACCAGCAACGAGGCCAUAACCCCCAACGAGGCGGUUGAACAAAGAUCACCUGAGUUUCCCGCUGUGGAGUCGUCUUCGUCGGCGACGUCUGACCAGCAUGUGAUCCUGGAGCCAACUGUCUAUGUGCCUCCCCCUCGACCAAGUGUCGCUACAGAGCUGGAGGAGGCCAUUGUCGAACCGCUAUCCGAACCUGCUGAAGCUCGAUCCAGGUCUUCAUCUUCGUCAAGCUCGAGCUCGAGCUCAAGCUGA